CAGAUUUCCGUGUUUCAUGAAGUACAGAAUUGCUUCAAUUUAUGUAUUUAAUUUAUAACAAAUAUUUGAGUCUCUAUUAAAAUAAUAAAAUGAGACUCGAUUAAAUUAUGAUCUCCAUAAAUUAAAAAACUUAAAUAAUAUUCGUCGUAAAGCAUAGCCAAGAACUAAGGAUGGAGAACAAUUUAAGCCGUAGCGGGAGCCGCUCGAGCUCUGUUUGCGAAUUAGAAAAAGAUUUAAGUGAUAUGGAAAUUAUGAAAUCUAGGACGAAUCGACGCAACGUAAUGGUUCGGUCACAACCAGCACGGAAAGCAAAACGAAUCAGGUUUUUUCGAAAUGGUGAUAAAUUUUAUUCAGGAGUCAUCAUUCCAGUCUUGCCAGAGAGAUACAGAUCUUUUGACAGUUUAACUGCAGACUUAACUAGGGUGUUAGUUGAUAAUGUUACAUUGCCUAGCGGUGUUAGAACGAUAUACUCUCUAGAAGGUAGAAAAGUAGGAAAACUAGAUGAUUUAGAAGAUGGUCAGUCAUAUGUGUGUAGUGGCUUUGGAGAACCAUUCAAGAGAUUAGACUAUGAAGCGAGUGCUGUUACACCGCAGUCAUUUAGAUUAAGUGGACCCGAGUCUCUCAGUGAUAGUGCAAGUCCAUCACCAGCCAGAGCUAACAAUCGAUUAUCCCGAUAUUUGCAGACAAAUGGUAGUAACUCUACCGGCAAUGGGACACCAAGAGUUAGCCCUGCUGGGGAUAAUGUAAUCCGGCCCCGUAUAGUUACUAUUAUUAGGAAUGGAGUGAAACCCCGCAAGGUAUGCAGAUUGUUAUUGAAUAAACGCAAUAGUCCAACUCUAGAACAUGCCUUGGCGGCGAUAACUGAGUGUAUUAAAUUAGACACCGGUUGUGUUCGCAAAGUAUUCACCCAAACUGGAACCCCUGUCACCGCUUUGCACCAGUUUUUUGAAGAGGAAGAUGUAUUUUUUGCAUAUGGAAACGAAAGAGUCAAUCAAGAAGACUUCGAACUCGAAUUUGAGGAAAGUAAGGCUGUUUUACAAUGUAGGAAAAGUAAAUGCAAUUCAAUUUCAAGAAAUACAAGGUCGGGCCCCAAGCCGCGCAUGCCGCUGCGGCCGGGCGCGCGCGCGGCGGCGGGAGCGGGCGCGGGCGCGGCGGGCGAGGGCGACGCGGCGCCGCUCACGGGCCUGCUGCCGCAACCGUUGCGUCUCAAGUACAGCGUCGGCAAGAUCAUAGGUGAUGGCAACUUUGCAGUUGUAAGAGUAUGUAAGGACAAAGCAAAUGGAAAGGAGUAUGCUCUUAAAGUUAUUGACAAGGCAAAAUGCAAAGGCAAAGAACAUUAUGUAGAGGCAGAAGUGAGAGUGAUGAGAAAGUUAUGCCACCCUCGCAUAGUUUCACUUAUUGAAGACCAGGACAGCCCCGAAUGGCUGUUUCUUAUCAUGGAAUUAGUUAGUGGUGGUGAUUUAUUCGAUAGUAUCGCAGCUGCUUCUAAAUUUUCUGAGCCCCAAGCGCGUUUGCUAAUAGGUCACCUAACAUCAGCUAUUGCAUACCUACACUCGCUUUCUAUCGUGCAUCGAGACAUCAAACCCGAAAAUUUAUUGGUUGAGGUGGGCUCAGACGGUAGUAUACGUGGACUGAAAUUAGCAGACUUUGGGCUAGCCGUAGAAGUAUGGCGGCCCCUUCACGCCGUCUGUGGAACGCCAACGUACGUAGCGCCCGAGAUCCUGCUCGAAUCUGGAUACGGCCUUAAGAUCGACGUUUGGGCGGCGGGUGUAAUUCUCUACAUCCUGCUGUGCGGAUUCCCUCCAUUUUCGUCGCCCGACGGCGACCAAGAGAAGCUGUUCGACGCGAUCCUGUCGGCGCGGCUGGAGUUCCCCGCGCCGCACUGGGAGCGCGUGUCGGCCGGCGCCAUCGACCUCGUGGCCAACAUGCUCCGUCCGCAGCCCGAGCUGCGCUUCGCCGCCGAGGACGUGCUCGACCACGCCUGGAUGUCGGAUGACUACGAUGAGAUGUGCGACUUUCGUACUUGGUACGAUGAAGACUCUUCAUAGCCUCACGACGCCAGCCCGUCGGGAGAGGUGUCGGGGGCCGCCGACGCCCCGCUGCGUGCGCAGUCGGCGUCGCCGGCCGCUUGCUGUUUGCGUUGUGCUGCUCACGGCUAUGCAUGCCUUCAUAUUAACACCAAUACCAAAGUUAUUCCAUAAUGUAUGUAAUAUAAAAAUUAUCGAAGCAAUACUGCACAUGUGUGUUCAAUUUUCAAAAACGUUUUUUCGAUCAAAUUAUAGUGAUGCAGUAUCGACGUUGUUGUUCUGGUUUUUAUACUGAUGAUGUCCCCACUGAUUGAUAUGUUGAUAAUAAUUAAUCAUCUAAUGAAUUCGCUAUUUAUUUAUCUUUUACGCAAUUUAUGUAUAUUCUUUAAGAGAUGUAGCGGUAAUUAGUAUUUAUGUGGCUGUAAAACCAGUUUCUAUUUUAGUAUUAUGUAGUUUUAUUUUUUAUAUGAUCGGCCGAUAAAUUUAAAUGCAUUUAAAUCGUUGUUUUUUCGUAAUCAAGUAUAAACGAUCUCUAUUAUUGCAUUAGUAGGCCGCUAGUAUAUUUUUUAUUGUUUAUUUAUGGCUUCAAAUUACAUUUAUAGUUUUAAGUAGCAUAAUAUGCUCUUUUCUAGAGGCCUACUGCAUUAGGAGAGAUAUGUUGUAAUAACAGAAACGGCUAUCAAAAAUUAUACAAACUAUUUGAGUAAGUAAAUGAAUAUACCAGUCUUUUGAUAGGGCUUUAAUGACUAGCUUUGGGCUCUUAAAAUGGUGCAUAUCUUCAACUUCGUAGGAAACUUAGGUUUUUUUUAGUAAUCAAACAAUAUUUUUAAAUGUAGAUUUGAUUAAUUUUAACAUUAUUAUUUACAAAUUUUUGCACAUAUGUAUACUUAGUAAUAAUAAUUGAAUGUAUAGGACAUUUGGCACAAACAACUGCGUUGACUGUUUCUGUGAGAAUUUUUUUUCUUUAGAAAACAGUUUAUUUUUUAAAAUAUAAUUCAUAAAACUCAUAUUAAGAUUGGGGCGUUAAAUGCUCUAUUACUUAAUACGUAAUUACGUUAAACCAACCCAUCCCAUACCCAUACAUUAUUAAGUUAGAAAAGUUUUUGAAUUUAUUACAAAUCUAAUUUAACUUCAGAUUAAAGUACUAAUGUUAUUAGUACUAGUUACCGCAAUAAAAAUGUGUUAUUUAUGACGCAAUACACAAAUAUCAUUUUAUUAAAAUAGUUUUCAUUUAUUUACAUUAGCAAAUUUGUACAAUUAUUAUUUACAUAUUAAAAAAAAAAACCCACAUUUCAAUCAAAAUUAAUUAAAUUAUGAACAUUGUGCAGUGGAACUAAAAUCCUUGUGCCAAAUUGUGAAUAAUUUUAUCAACUUUGAAAAUGAUUUAACUUUAAUGAAUGUUCCUCUCGAAUAUAAUAUUAGAAAUUUUGAUGUGAAACAGUUAUAUUUGUUUAUUUAUGUUAAUUUAAUGAAAUAUCAUAAUGCAUUAGAGGAUUAAUAUAAUCAGACUGAUACACAUUCCUUUACGUUCUUUAAUAGUUGAAUAUAGUUUCCUUUUGUGUUAUAUUAAAAUAGACUGCCUGAAGAAUGUAUGUCCCCUAUAAAUAUGUGCCCAAAUGCUUUUCUUAUGAUUUGAACUGUCAAACCUUAUCUUAUUUUAUCCUGUGUUUUAUUAAAGCGAUUGAAGGAUUAAUUUGCUUAUAAAAUAAAUUAUUUAUUAUAAAAAAAAAAA